AUGCCCACCAACCGGCCCUUCUUCGCCAAUUUCUUCUCCACAUUCAGAGCAAGGACGAAUCCGACGUUUCAGGCAAAGUCCAGUCCGGCAUACGAUGCAGUGUCACCGGCCUCGCUCGUCGCUGCUGCACACGUUUCCACAACCACGGCGACGGUGACCUCAUCCGGGGCAAGAACUAUCACUACAAAGGCACCUGCAGAGAUUACAACCCCAUCACAACAACAGCAAGCCAAACCUAACGCCACGAAUCCCCUGCCCUUCUCAUCAAACCCUACUUCACACAGAUAUGCGACUCCUCUCUCCCGAUCACCCGGCACGACUUCACCUGGUCCUCACCCAGCCCAGCCAAAUCCUAACCUGUCAAUAUCCCCACCUAUGGCCUCGACGCCAAUGACAAGGGGCCGGCAAAGGCGCGGCAGUGAUAGCUCGAACUCGUCAGGGGGUUUUAUAGAUGCCCUGGGCCCUGAGAAGUGGUACAUUGGUGGUCGGAAUGCUGCUGGCGAAGAAACAUUCUACAAAUUGGGACUCGUAACAGGCGGAACUGGGAGACGAGUCCGCAGUCUGGAUCGGUUGAGCCUUUGA